AUGGAAUCUGAGAUGACAUGCAACGUGAGCGAGAUGUGGAGCCCCAAGAUGCCCCACGGCCUGGACUUUGAGAUCACGGAGCAUCCUCUGACCAUGAGGCGCGUGGUCAACCUCAUCAUCGCCAUGGAGAGGUUCAAGGGCAGCAACGCCUCCGAGACGACGCAGGGAACCGAGUUCAGAGAUGAAAACCUGCUGAACAUCAUACUGGAGAACCUGGUGGAAGAGCGAUAUGUGUUUGGCUGUGAGUCAAAUCCACCUGUCCAGAUCAUCAAGACUGACGGCUACCCCUGCAAGGUGACCGAUGGGGAGAAGAGGAGCUUGAUCCGGAUCCCAAACAGCAUGCAGCUGCACGCCGUGAUGCUGCAGGGAGGCGUUGAACCUGCAACUAAAGUUCACCUGAACCUGUCGUCCUACGCUCACCCUGCAGCCACCGUCGAGGGCAGAACUAUAGCUCUGGGAAUCAGAGGCAGUGAUCUCUACCUGUGUUGCCGCAAGGAUGGUGCUGAGCCAACUUUACAUCUGGAGGCGGUGACGGAUGAUAGUAGUCUGGCGAGUAUGAGCUCGGACAGCGACAAAGUGCGGUUCCUCUUCUACGAGCAGGUCACCGGGGUGAACAUCACCACCCUCAUGUCUGUCGCCUUCCCAGACUGGUACAUCAGCACAGCUGAGCAGAACAACAAGCCGCUGGAAAUGUGUCUGGAGACCGCCCAACGCUCCAGAAUCUUCAACAUCCAAGAGAUCAAAUCUGAGAGUGCUUAA